GCCCAAGCAGGCAGUGGCCAGAGCUACCCCAAGAGUGUCCAGAGAUUUGGGCUGCUGACCAAGGUACUCCUAGAGGCACAGAGGAGUAGAAGUAGAGCAGGCUGGGGGGACCCAAGCCCAAGACUGGGGCCUCUGACUCAAGAGGACCCUGGGGAGGAGAGGUGACUCUUGAAGUCCUCAAGCCAGGCCCAGAUUGGGGACAGAGGGGAGCACAGAGGUAGUGAAAGAUAAAGGAGGCAGAGGAGAAGGGGAGAUCAGAACAAUUUUCAGAGAUAGUGAGCUGCCUGUCAAAAGGGGCAUUCAAAUGCGCCAAAUCAACACUGAUAACUCAAGAUCCCUUCCAGAGGGAGAAGAUCAAUGCCCAGUCCACAGAAGAAGAUAUUAAGGCUGUCAUUUGCCCAGGACAACAAAGGCAACAAAGACAAGAGCUGAGAUCAGCCUGCGGUUUUAGGAGGAAGAUUCAGAAGACUGACCUCUGGACAGCAAUGAGUGCCCGGGCCACACGCCCCCGAAGCCGGCGAGGGAGGCACGCUCCGCCUGGGGAGCUGGAUCCUGUGGCAGAGAGUUCAGAGGAGGCUGAGGCAGCCAGCGGGAGUUCUGAGCUGGGCCCUGUGCCAUCUCAGGAGAGCUGCAAGCCAAAGCUGCUGGGGCCAGAGGCAGAAGCCAGUGGGCAGGGCCUGGGGAACAGGACCAACAAAGAGGCUGAAGGGGACUCUAGCAGAGGACUGGCCCCAUCUCCUGAGGGACGCCGCAAGCCCGCAGAGGAAGGCCAGCAGGCCACAGAUGUGGCCCCGCCGGGUGGGGAGACUGUCCUCCCCAAGCCUGAAGCCUCUGACAUGUUUCAGAUUCUCCAGCGCGCUCUGAGCUCACUGGAGGCAGCUGCCGCUACCUGGCGCCACCGGCCCCCAAGCUGUCCUGGGCCGUCGGAGGCCGAGGACAGAAGUGAGGUAGGACCCAGGCCCUGCUUGGAGCAGGAGGGGGCAGGGGGUUGCCAGAGGGAGGCAGCCCGCCUGGCAGAGAGGAAUGACUGGCUGCGAUUGGCCUUGGGCAGCCGCGAGGAGGAGCUGAUUCGCAUGCAGGCCUCGCUGCAGGCCAUCCAGGCUGAGAAGGAGAUGCUGCAGAGAGAGGUCCAGGAGCUGCAGGAUUCCCUGCUGAAGCCGGAACCUUUUCCACCUCCCGCCCGGGGCCAAGCAGAGGGCUCAGGCAGUGGCUCCAGCAGUUCUGGGGUAGAUGAGGAGCCCUGGGGGACUCAGCAGGACCCCUUCUCUCUGGCUCACCCCCUGCUCCGGCGCCUCCAGAGUGAUUCCAGUGCUCAGAUGCUUGGACCCCUCCCCACUCAACCCCUCGCCCCCGAGAUACACAUCAUGGAAGCCCAGAUGGAGCAGCUCCAGGGGAGCAUUGAGAAGCUCAAAUGUUUCAACCGUCUGCUGUCAACUGCGCUGCAGGCGUACAAGGGCCGGUGUGAAGGCCUGAGCAUGCAGCUGGGCCGGCGGGAGGCUGAAGCCACAGCGCUGCGUCUGGCCUUGCAGUACAGUGAGCACUGUGAGGAGGUGUACGGAGUCCUGCUCACUCUCCGGGAGGCAGACUCAGGAGCAAGAGAGGAGGCCCCUAAGGGGGACCUGGAUGUGGCAGAGAAGGAAGCCCAGAGGCUGCUGGCACAAGAGGAUGCUGCCAUGGAUGGAGAGACACCACGGGAUCCACAGCUAAGCCCCGAGGGCAGUAGUGUGGAUCGGCCCACACCACAGGAGGUGGCUACCCAGCUCUGGGGCUAUAUCCAGCGUCUCCGGGCUCGCCGUGCUCUGGUGAAGAUCCCCACAGAACCUGGCCCAACUUUGGCACCCGUGCCCACUGUGCCUCACGCAGAAGCCAUGGUGCAGGCCAUUCUGGGGACCCAGCCUGGCCCGGCCCUACCCCGGUUGGAGAAGAUGCAGAUCCAGCAGGACUUGGCAGCCACACGGGAGACUCUGGCAGACCUGAUGCUGCGGCUGCAGUUGGUGCGGCGGGAGAAGCGGAGUCUGGAGCUGCGGGAGGCUGCCCUCCGAGCCCAGGGCCCAGCCCACAUGCUCCUGCUCGAGCAGCUGCGGUGGGAACGGGCACAGCUCGGGACUGGUGGGGCCAGCCGUAGUAGCGGUGGAGACAGCAGUGGAGGUGAGAGCAGUGGAGACGAAGAGGAGUUGUCGCAGGGCCCUCCUGCUAUCCUUGGUGGAAGCAGGGGCAUUGAUGGAGGCCAGGUGGGCCAAGCACAGGGACCGGAGACUCUGGCCCAGGAACUGGCAGCGUCACUUAACCGGGCCCUGGGCUUGCGGGAGCAGCUGCAGUCUCUGCGGGAGGAACUGGAACAGGUGGCUCAGAAGGGGCGAGCCAGACGUGCUCAGAGUGCUGAGCUGAACAGCGAUUUAUGCAAGGCUCACAGUGCCCUGGUCCUGGCCUUCCGAGGCGCCCACCGGAAGCAGGAAGAGCAGCAGAGGAAGCUGGAGCAGGAGGUGGCAAUAAUGGAGGCUCGCCAGGCAGAGGAGCUGGAGGUGUUAGAAGCCACCGCAAGGGCACUGGGGAGGCCCAGACCACCCUGCCGGCCUCCUCGGCUCGGGGAGACCUUUCUGUAGGUCCCAGUCUGGCCGUGUCUGGACAUGCCAGACAGUUAUGGCGGGCCCCAUCAUAAACUGUCCUGGAGUGAUGUUAUGUC